CUUGGGAGGGGGGCGCUUUUUCCGUCGUCCUUUCCCCGAGUGCAUGAGUCCUCCUCCACCCUUCCCUCUGUCGCUGUGGACCCUGCUCCCACGGGUCCCUUCCGUCUGUCUGUCUCAGGACCUCCCUUCCGUCUGGGUGUGUGUCAGCCCCUAACGGGCUUCCUCCUGUUGGGCUGGGUUCUGCCCGGCUGUCUCAGGCCCACCCUCCCUGCUCUUCUCCGGUGUGUGUUUCUGUCUCUGGACCCCCCAGUUUCCACGGUCUGUAGAUCCCCACAUUCCCUCUGUGUCUUCCAGGCAGAUCCCCCCUCUCGCCCCCCCCCCAGUCUGUUUGUUUCUAACUCUCCUACUUCCCACACCGCCAUCCUUUUCUACUUAAAGUCCCCUCCUUCUUUUCUGUCUGUGGGUCUGUGUCUGUCUGAGGGUGUCUCUCGCCCACAGCUCCCACUGCAGUCCUCUGCCUGUGGGUCAGCUACCCUGUCUCACCCCUCCAGCUGCCCCCUUAUUGCCCCUUGUCUCUUAGUGAUUCUACCCAAGUCCCAGAGUCUUUUUCUCCACGUGGCCUCAGGUUUUGGGGUCUUUGUAGCCACCGUGACAGGUCCCUUCCCAAGCCCCUAGGGACAGCAGAGGACUUGGGGACCAGCAAGCACCCCCAGGGCACGAGAAAAGCCUCUGCCAUCUGCCCUGCCUCAUCCUGCCCCACGCCAGGCCCAGCCGCCCCGGCCCCCGGCUGCAUCAAGUGGAGGAGGAGGAGGUGUAGGAGGGUGGCACCAUGGGCCUGGGCCGUGCCCUCCAUGCCCGGGGGAUGAAGACACUGCUGCCAUGGACAGCCCGUGCCAGCCGCAGCCCCUGAGUCAGGCUCUCCCUCAGUUGCCGGGUUCGGUGUCAGAGCCCUUGGAGCCUAGCAGGGCCAGGAUGGGGGUGGAGAGUUACCUGCCCUGUCCCCUGCUGUCCUCCUACCACCGUCCAGGAGGGCCUGGUGAGGCCUCGGCGGGGAGUGGGACCCCCAGAGCUACAGCUACUUCCACCACAGCCAGCCCCCUGCGGGAGGGCUUCGGUGGGCAGGAUGGCGGCGAGCUGCGGCCGCUGCAGAGUGAGGGUGCUGCGGCACUGGUCACCAAGGGGUGCCAGCGACUGGCAGCCCAGGGCGCCCGGCCCGAGGCCCCCAAACGGAAAUGGGCAGAGGAUGGUGGGGAUGCCCCCGCCCCCAGCAAGCGGCCCUGGGCCAGGCAGGAGAACCAGGAGGCAGAGGCAGAGGGGGAGGGCUGCAGCAGUGGCAGUGGUGAGGCCAGCGCCGGGCUGAGGGAGGAGGUGCUGCCCGCUGCACCCGAGCGCCUGGCCCUGGACUAUAUUGUGCCCUGCAUGCGGUACUAUGGCAUCUGCGUCAAGGACAGCUUCCUGGGGGCGGCGCUGGGUGGCCGAGUGCUGGCAGAGGUGGAGGCCCUGAAGCGGGGCGGGCGCCUGCGUGAUGGGCAGCUAGUGAGCCAGCGGGCUAUCCCGCCACGCAGCAUCCGUGGGGACCAGAUUGCCUGGGUGGAAGGCCAUGAGCCAGGCUGCCGAAGCAUCGGUGCCCUCAUGGCCCACGUGGAUGCUGUAAUCCGCCACUGUGCUGGGAGGCUGGGCAGCUACGUCAUCAAUGGGCGCACCAAGGCCAUGGUGGCAUGUUACCCAGGUAACGGGCUGGGGUACGUGAGACACGUUGACAAUCCCCAUGGCGAUGGGCGCUGCAUCACCUGCAUCUAUUACCUGAAUCAGAACUGGGACGUCAAGGUGCAUGGCGGCCUACUGCAGAUAUUCCCUGAGGGCCGUCCCGUGGUAGCCAACAUUGAGCCACUCUUUGACCGGCUGCUCAUUUUCUGGUCUGAUCGGCGGAACCCCCAUGAGGUGAAACCAGCCUAUGCCACCAGGUACGCCAUCACUGUCUGGUAUUUUGAUGCCAAGGAGCGAGCAGCAGCCAAAGACAAGUAUCAGCUAGCAUCAGGACAGAAGGGUGUCCAAGUACCUGUAUCACAGCCGACUACGCCCACCUAGUGGCUAGCCCCAGAGCUGCACGGACAGACAGCUUGCCUGACUUCGGGAGAGCCCUGGGCCCUGGUGCCGCCAGUCACGGUGCCUGCUCCUGCCCCGCCACUGCCGCUGCUUCUGACUUUGCCUCUGUUCUGCCUGGUGUGGAGGGCUCCAUCCAUCGCUGAGAACCAAGGAGGAGGAGAGACCUCUGCUGCCCUGGGCUGGGGGCUGGGGUUGUGACCUGGGCAGAGGCUGGUGUUGGGGACUGCCAUUACUGGAGCUGGGGGCCUGUGUCCUGCCCUGUCUGGUCAUGCAUGCCCCUCUCAGGUUUGGAGAGCUGGAAGGAAGCACUGCCACCUCCCACCAGAAUGCAGGAUUUGGGGUUGGGGUGAGUCAUGGCCUCUUGCUGGCAAAGGUUUGUGGGGGAGUAUCCCCAAGCCCCCCACUCCUCCAGCCUGGAAUGUGAAGUGACUCCCCAACCCCUUUGGCCAUGGCACCUUUUGGACUAGGCUGCCGCUGCUUGGGCAGGAUAAAAGGUGCUGGGAGGAGCAUGGGUCUGCAAGUCCUGUCAGCCAAGAAAUAAAAGUUUACCUCAGAGCUGCACA